GCUGACCUCUGCACGACCUCCCCCUACAACGUCUCCGACAACACUGGCAUCUUCCGGGCCAAUGAGAUGACUCGCGGGUCCCUCCCACCUGUCACGUGAUCUCCGGUCACACAUUCAUUGUCAGAUUCAAAAUUUAAAAUUCAUGCCAUGAGCAGCCAAUCGUAUGCCAAUCUUUCACCUGAGCACCUGGGCACCUUCCCUUUGCCCUCGGGAGCCAAACGCUAGGCUACCCCCUAUUGUACACUAUUACUCCAUUUACCAAUAUGAAUGUCAUUGCAAAAUAUUAUAUUAAAAAAUAUCUUUUCAUUAAUAUUACAUUUUAUUUAUUACAGAAAACGGAAUGACAAGAAGGGGGUAACUCUUCUGAACCAAGAUCAGCUAGGGACUGAAGAACACAGUCUACGUCAAGACCAUCAUUGAUACGUCUCUACGCUCUUUGUUGCGUCUUUCAACCACUUGUAGGACUUUAUCCACUUUAAAAUUAACGAAAAAUACAAUAAACUUGGAACAUUUCGCCUCUGAAAGAACUGGACGGUAGAGCGCCGACCGUCUUCAUGAGGAGAGAGAUGUGUGGCUAAGACAGUGGCAGGUGCAGAGUAUACCUUGGCUCAGGCUUAGGGUGGUGGUGGUUGGGCAGUAAUGCGCUACUUGGCGCCACACCGGCUAAAACUCGCACUAGUAACACGUCAGGAAACAUUCAACACCUCGGGAGUGUGUUGAGGAAGUACACAGGAGGCUUCGCAGAGGUGUGUAGUGGCCCUCGAGGUGUGUAGUGGCCCUCCAGAGGUGUGUGGUGGCCCUCGAGAGGUGUGUGGUGGCCCUCGAGAGGUGUGUGGUGGCCCUCGAGAGGUGUGUGGUGGCCCUCGAGGUGUGUAGUGGCCCUCGAGGUGUGUGGUGGCCCUCGAGAGGUGUGUGGUGGCCCUCGAGAGGUGUGUGGUGGCACUCGAGGUGUGUAGUGGCCUUCAUAACUGUGUCCUGGCCCUCCAGAGGUGUGUGGUGGCCCUCGAGAGGUGUGUGGUGGCACUCGAGGUGUGUAGUGGCCUUCAUAACUGUGUCCUGGCCCUCCAGAGGUGUGUGGUGGCCCUCCAGAGGUGUGUGGUGGCCCUCCAGAGGUGUGUGGUGGCCCUCCAGAGGUGUGUGGUGGCCCUCCAGAGGUGUGUGGUGGCCUUCAUAACUGUGUCCUGGCCCUCCAGAGGUGUGUGGUGGCCCUCCAGAGGUGUGUGGUGGCCCUCCAAAGGUGAGUGGUGGUCACCAGUCCCUCAAGUUCACCCUGUGUGUGCUGCGCAGUGAAGUGAAGACAUCAGCAGUGUUUUUUAGUGUUUGAAAAUGUUAUGAGGAAGGUGGCGGCCAUUGACAUCAGUGAUGCUGGUGAUGGUGUGAGUGAUGACCUCCACUGUUGCUGCUGGCGUGUGUGUGUAGGCAUGACACUACUGCUGGAGUCGCCAGGCCACAUCCCUCCACCAGAGCACAACCACACCCUCCCAGACCUCUUCACGCUCACACUCUCCCUCCUCUCCCACCACCACUCUCCCGGGAGGGGCGUCACCACCCAUCACCAUCCCUUCACCUAUCCCAGUCUGAGCCAGGCCACUGACCUGACCUCCUCCGGUGACCCCAACAGCCGCGCCUACACCAGGAGAACUAAACCACUUCUCUCAAACUACAUCAACCACAAUACCAACCAAACAACAGUGGUCAACCACGCCGCCGUCAGCGCCGCUGGCGGCCACUUCUUCAAGAACACUAAGAAAGCCGCCACCAUUGCCGCCGCCACCAGGAGCCCCGCCGCCGCUGCCACCAGGAGCCCCGCCACCGCCGCCGCCGCCAGAAGCGCCGCCAACAUUCCCUUCAUCACCACCUGCCUGGAGCAGCUGGCGACAACCUUUACCACCAACGACUCGCUUCUGGCGCCCCACCGGACUACUAAUGGUUCUCAAGUGGGCAGCGCUCCCACUACGCCCACGGCCGCCCACCCGUGCAACACCAGCCUCGCCCAUGAGGAUCCUGGGGCAGGAGGAGGAGUGAGGGGGACAGACACCUUCCUCUUCGACAGGGGCGACGUGAGGGCAGCCCUCAUAGCCCUCUAUACUGCUGUCUUCAUCACUGGCUUCGUGGGGAACCUGGUUGUGCUCGUGGUGAUGUGGGUUCACCCGCGCAUGCGCUCCACAACAAACUUCUUUCUGACCAACCUGGCUAUUGCUGACUUCUGCGUCACCGUGUUCUGCGUGUACCAGAACCUCUCCCAGUACCUGGCGCAGACGUGGGUGUUCGGGGACUUCCUGUGCAAGAUGUACAACUUCGUCAACUACCUGAGCUACACGGCCUCCGUCAUGAUCCUGGUGGUGAACUGUGUCGAGCGUUACGUCGCCAUCAUGUGCCCCUUCAGAGCCAAGACUCUACUCAGUCACCGCAACCUGGUGGUGUCGCUGGUGGUGGUGUGGGCUGGCAGCGGCGUCUACUGCUGCCCGCGACUCCUCUACUUCCGCGCCGCGACACACGAGCUGCCUGGCGCACGAUACACCGAGGUCAUCUGCCUGGCGGACCGCGAGCUGUACGACUCCCGCACCUUCGACACCAUCAACUUCGUGCUGCUGUACGUCAUGCCGCUCUCCGUCAUGUCGCUCCUCUACUGGCGCAUCGGCCGCUACCUCUGGAUUAACGGCAGACAGGUCGAGGAGGCUCGCGGCAGGAACUCCCCCCAUGACGCCCCCUGCAGGAGCACCCCCCAUGAUGCUGCCCCCUGCAGCAUGCCCCCGCACGACCCCCCCUGCUGCAUCUCCGCCCUCAAGGACGACAUGGUUAAGGCGCAGCAGCAAAGCGGUGGCGGCGGCUCCAGCAGCUCCCACGGCUGCUACUCCGCCAUGGGGCGCAGACGGUGGCGCCACACCCCCGACAUGCCCAUCGGCCCCUACCACACGGAGCGCCUCUUGCGCACCUGGAGGAAGGUGGUGAAGCUCCUGGUAGCGGUAGUGCUGUGCUUCGCGCUGUGUAACCUGCCGUUCCACCUGCGGAAGAUGCUCACCUACUACCACCCGGGCUACGACGCCACCACCGACGCCGCGCUGCUCUUCACGCCGCUCUCAAACCUCCUCAUGUACCUCAACUCCGCCCUCAACCCCAUCGUCUACUCCUUCAUGUCGCACAACUUCCGCGCGUGCGUGAGGGACGUGCUCACCCGCUACACCCGCAGGGGCCGCCGGCGACACCCGUCUGGGCCGCUCUUUGCCCCGCCCCACGCCCACACGCCCGUCUCACGCCACGCCCACGUCAUCCCGCCACAACCCAACACGCCCAUAAACCCACAACACCACACCACCCACACACCCCCACACUCGGCUCACAAUACACCUCGGGCACCCCACAACCCACACCACACGCCCCCAUAGUCACUCCUACCGGGUCCUCCACACACUGCUGCACCAUAGAGGACCUGAAUUUACCUGAGAGCCACUAAUUCUAGUGGCCUCCACGACGACAGGAAGCCGGCGACUUGUCGAAGGUCCCCGGCCCCCCUCCUGUUUAUAUUUAGUGUACAACUGCGCAGGUGUUGUUUACAAGACCUUGCUAAAGCUUCUCUCUCCCUCAAUAACAGUCUAUGUUUAUAUAAGGCGGACCACUGAACACAAGGGUCACUCUUCCUUACCGUGUGCUGGCUCCGAGGAUCAUGUUCCCGCGGCCCGGUCUCUGACCACGCCUCCUCAAGGAAGACGAGGAUGGAAGAACAAGGGAAAAGUAGAAGUGAGAACGGGUCAUAGCGAGUGAAAGGCAGAGAUGGAAGGAGGAAAGAUAGUAUGAUUAUUCCAACAUUGAUUUACACAGAAUUAAUAACAAUAAUAUCACAAUUACCUUUACAAAC